UUCUUCUAGAGUGAGAGAGAGAGAGAGAGAGAGAGAGAGAGAUGCAGAGUUCUCAAUUCGACGUUAUAAUCGUGGGAGGUGGCGUUAUGGGCAGCUCCACAGCCUACCAAGCUGCCAAAAGGGGUCUAAGGACCCUUUUGCUCGAACAGUUCGAUUUCCUUCACCAACGCGGUUCCUCUCACGGUGAGUCUCGCACUAUUCGAGCGACCUAUCCACAAGAUUAUUACUACCCUUUGGUCAUCGAGUCCUACAAGUUAUGGCAAGAGGCUGAGGCCCAAGUUGGCUACAAGGUCUACUUCAAGGCCCAUAACUUUGAUAUGGGCUCACCCGAUGAUCCCACCUUCUGCGCCAUCAUCGACAACUGCCGCAAACUAGCAUUCCCCCACCAAAUCCUCCGCCGCGACCAGGUCGCCGAGAAAUUCUCCGGCCGCAUCGACAUUCCGGUGAAUUGGGUUGGGCUGUCCAACGAGUACGGUGGCGUGAUAAAGCCCACAAAGGCGGUGGCCAUGUUCCAGAAACUAGCCUCCGACCACGGUGCUGUGUUAAAGGACAACGCCGAGGUAACAGACAUCAAGAGAGACACAGAGGGUGUCGUGGUUUUCACCGCGAGCGGUGAAAUGUUUCGCGGUAAAAAAUGCGUGGUGACUGUGGGGGCUUGGGUGAGCAAGUUAGUUAAAACGGUUAGUGGGGUUGAACUGCCGAUACAACCUUUGGAGACUACCCUUUGUUACUGGAGGGUGAAAGAGGGGCAUGAAGGGAAAUUCACCAUCGGCAGCGAUUUUCCAACAUUUGCGAGCUGGGGGAAGGUAAUUAUGUACGGAACACCAACGUUUGAGUACCCGGGUUUGAUUAAGGUGGCGGUGAAUGGGGGUGGCCCGUGUGACCCGGAUAAGAGGAUGUGGGGCCCCGCGGUGAUGAUAGACGUGUUGAAAGAAUGGGUGGAAGAGAGGUUCAUGGGGAUGGUUGAUUCCAGUGAGCCUGUGAUGAAACAAUCUUGCAUGUACUCCAUGACGCCCGAUGAGGAUUUUGUGAUUGAUUUCUUGGGUGGGGAGUUUGGGAAAGAUGUGGUUGUUGGUGGCGGGUUUUCGGGUCACGGGUUCAAGAUGGCUCCAGUGAUUGGGAGGAUAUUGACUGAACUUGCGGUUGACGGGGAGGCAGACGGAGUUGACUUGAAGCCCUUUAGGAUUGGAAGGUUCAAGACAACACGCCUCUAAGCUUUAAGGACCUUUGUCACCUUGUGUUUGUUUCUGCUUUCUUUUUUAGUACAUGUUUGUUUCUACUUUCUAGUGUCGUGUCAGUGCAGUCUUGGUUCUUCCUAGGGAAUCUAAAUCAAGAGAACACUUCUUUGGUUUAGAAUGAACCCCCUCCACCCAACUUGUACUCAAAUAAUUUUCAUGUUAAGGUCGAUUUGGAUCAUCAUGUAAUGCCAUGUCAACCAAAAAAAUAAACUCUUUCAUUUGUUCACAUCACCACUCGUAGAC